GGCCUUUAGGAGGGUCUCCCCAGAUAGAAUAAGCGUGUGUAUGUUGGGAUUUGGCCGAUCUCUUGACUCCGUGCCGACAGUAAUCCAUUAAAAUCCUAUGGCACUGGUGACACACUGGCACGUCCUCUCCGCCUCUCCCAGCUCUGCUCGGCGCGUCUUAUGAGUUCCCUCGAAUCGAGAGCGCAGGUAACACGCAGGCUCAGCACACGCAGCGCUUUUCCGCCGUAGUCCAUCAGGGACCCGAGAGAGCCAUGACUUUGAGCUCCGAGAUGUCGGAUGCGUCUGUGCUCUCGGAGGAGACCGACAUCGACGUGGUUGGAGAGGGAGAUGAUGGUGACGGCCACACGCGCUCCUACGUGGACGAGGUGGCUCAGAUGCACGACGAGAUCCUGCUCAGUGGUUCGCCGUCUUGUGUAGAUGCCUCCGCCGCACGGGACCCCUACAAGCCAGCAAGUAAAAACACCCUGGUGAAGCCCCCAUACUCCUACAUCGCACUCAUCACCAUGGCAAUCCUCCAGAGUCCCAAGAAGCGACUGACACUCAGCGAGAUCUGUGACUUUAUCAGUAACAGAUUUCCGUACUACCGGGAAAAGUUCCCAGCUUGGCAGAACUCUAUCCGGCACAACCUGUCGUUAAACGACUGCUUCGUCAAGAUACCACGGGAGCCCGGGAACCCCGGUAAAGGCAACUACUGGACACUGGACCCAGAGUCCGCCGACAUGUUUGAUAACGGGAGCUUUCUACGCCGCCGGAAACGCUUUAAGCGCCAGCAGGCGCCUGAACUUCUCCGCGAGCACGGAGGCUUUCUCCCCGCGGCAGCAGCGUAUGGUUACGGACCUUAUGGUUGUGGAUAUGGUCUGCAGCUUCAGUCUUAUCAUGCGCAUUCUGCACUCCUCGCCUUUCAGCAGCAGCAGCAGCAUCCGCCGCCGCCCCCCUCGUCCCGCCAUCCUCACACCGGAACUCUCAUCCCCGCGCCUUCCCUCAUGCCAACCACUACGGACCUCACCCGUUCCCGCUUCUAUCCUCCUUUAAGUCCCGGGCUUUCUUCCCCCAUACAGACUGCGGCUAAGUCCCCGGUUCACCGUUCACCCUUCUCCAUAGACAGCAUUAUCGGGAGCUCUUUAAGCCCCACGCACUCGCAUUGUGCCUCACGGACUUCCCCGGUGGUCCCGGUGCUUCCGCCGUCCCUCGCAUCUCAACACUCCUCAAACCCACUACCGGGAGUAUUGCACGGACCGACGUCUUUACACGAAACCUACGCAAACCGGAUUGUCAGUGGCACUAGCCGCUGUUAAUUUUUUUUUUUUUUUUUUAAUUAAACAUCACAUUUUAAAGCGAUACUCCUGUGUUUAAGGUAGGAUUAUUUUUGUAUUGUUUUGUUACACACAGCUGAAUGGUGGACAUUAACACGUUCGUGCCUAUAUUCAAGCUGUGAAAUAUAAAAUAUAUCUAGGCCUAUAUAUAUUUAUGCUAACAUUUAAGUUCUAACUAAUUUCCGCUCCCACGAACUUUUUGCUGUCGAUGUGAUUGUGGUAAUCACUGCAUAGGGCGUCUCAGGACAACAUUUUUUUUAAACGGACUAUAAAAUAAAUUGUCAAAUAUCUACAAUGAUAAACAAAUGUUUUCUAGUUUGGCAAACUGAUUUUCUUAUUUGUACUUUGUAAUGAACAUUCACAAGAGUGAAAAUCGAGCAUUUUUUAUACAACGUGUAGCCUACUUCUCAGUAGCCUAAAAAAUGUACAUUCGUUGAUGUUGUAUAGCUACUCGGAGUGUGAUAUUUUUUACACGGUCUGUUUUUCAUUAAUAAUAAAUAUUGUUUUGCAAAAUAAGAUGGAGUGGAAAUUACCUCAUUGAUAGUCUCAAUAGCUUUAAAUGCUAAUAAAAUAAUAUUACUCUACUAUCUGCCUCUGAAAUCAGGUGAUCACUUUGUCUUGGUCCUCUUGUAUCCUGAAAACAAACACAACUAGCACAGGAUUAAAAUGCAUAAAUGUAGCCACUAACUAUAUACUGCAACUGUUACCUUCGGGAGUCAU